UAAAGAGACAAACGAAAAAAUAUGUCUAUUGCACUUCAGAUGAAAGCUUCAGAGAACUGGCUAGAUGAGAGAACAACAAGGUCAGCAAUGAUGAACCAGGAUGGAAAUUCUGCCCAACAAAUGCCAGUUUCCAAGUGCGAGAUGCAUCUGGAAGCAAAAGUAGAACAAGAGAGGCGGCGGAGGUACAUCCUGAUUAAGGAGUACAACAGGCUGACAUCUGCCGUAAAGGAAAGACGAGACACGCUGACGCAGUUAAGGAAAGUGAUCAACUCUCAGCCGGCGACUGGCGAGAGUAAAGACACGGUGGAGUGGUGUCAGCAAAUACGACAGCUGGAGAACAGCCGAGAGAAAAUGAAGAUAAAGAUGAAGGCGACUGAGAGGAUCCAGGCCACCUACCUGUUCAUCUGUGAACAUCUGAAGAGUGAACUCCAAGCCAUGGAUAAAGUGAUGGUUCAGAAGGAGCGGGAGGUCCUGCGGGGCCAGGUGAAGUUGGAAAAAGCAAAGAAAAUACUGGAGUGUGCAUUACCUGGUGUUCACAAUGCAGUGGAUGAGAUGGUUCAGAUGGAAGACGAGUUCAUCGCGAAGGGGCGAGAAAUAAACGGCAUGCUCUAUGAGCUGGCCGCCGAAAAAAAGGAGCUGAAACAUCUUAUCGAACUGUCGGCGCAGAGCGGCUUUAAAGAGCAACUGCAGGGGACCGAGGAAGACAAAGCCUACUUGGCUUCUCCCACGGAAUUCGCACAAUCUGCUGCAGAUAAUCAGUGUGAUGCGUCUGUGUCGGACAUGAAGCUGAUGGAGGACAUGAGUGCUCUGAGGGAGGCUCUGGACUUUGCGGAUGUGCAGAAAGCCGUCAAGGAGCAGCUCCUCUCUGAGAAAGACCUUUAUGAGGAAGAGAUCAGGGACAAAACCAGGACCCUGGCUGAGUUAGAACUUCACUAUACUGAGCUCAAAUUCAGAAAAAACCCUGUAACAACAAGGUUAGACAAGUUAAAAGAAGAAAGACUGGAAAUGCUGAGGCAGGAGAAAGGCCGUGUUCAAAGACUCCAGACCGAGCUGCAUAACUCACAGGAUCAGUUGGAUACCAUCAAGCAGGGCGUCAACAACCUCUACUUUCUGUCAAGCUGUGGGCCCGUGGAGGAAGUGAUCAGCAUAUCCUGCAUGGACAAACUGGAGGAUAUCAGGUUGCAUCUCCAGAGGUUACGGCACAGAACAAAGACCCAGAGGCCCGCUAGCGGCGUGGACAGAGACAGGGUGUACAAGUUGAUGGAAGAUAUUACCACACAGGACAUGAAAAACAACAGAAGACCCGAAUCCCCUCCAGACCCUCUUGAGUCAAGUGAGGAUGAGGAGGGCUGCUGUCUCACCCGAGAGGAGCUCAAACGCAACAGCGCUCGGCUGAUUGAAGCCAAUCAGAAGAAAUAGUUCUCCAGGAGAGGCAAGACACACUCAUACAGACCUCCACCCCAGUGAGGACGUGAGAAAAUAAAAAGCCCCCUUUAUUAUUCAAACUGUAAUUAUUGCCUAUGUGUGUUUGAAUGAUAAUAUUGCUACCCUUCAACCCCUCACUGGUAAUACAGGAGCCUUUUAGCUG